UACUGUACAAGUAUAGAUUUCGUUUUAGCGUAACACGUUGCUUAAUCGAGUGCAGAGACAUCGAUGGACUCGACGUCUCGCGCAGAUACGAUACUUCCUGCGCAGCCCCGCCUCCUUGCUUUUUGCUGCGCGCGCCAACCUUGGCUCCAAUCGUGACUCAAAUCCUGAGUAGUUUGACUAUUAAAUUAACUUCGCACGCGGUGUAUUUGUGCUUUCCUCGACCUGGGAUAGAUGAACAAUGUGACCUGGAGAAGUUUUGCAACUCGUUUUUGGCUGUCUCUUGUCAAAAUCACAUGUUAUUGUUAUUAAGAAGCCGGGAGGCAAGAGGAGGAAGGAUCCUCAAGUUCACUCUGGACUGCACACACCCAGUGGAGGAUGGCAUCAUAGACGCCGCCAGUUUUCCAUUUUCCAUCGCUUAUCCUGUUCUGGAUUGCCAGAGACCUAUCACAGCUGACUUUGGGCGAAAGCUACCUCAAGUAUCUCACUAUGAAGUAUCUGAAGAAAAACAACCUCAGGGACUGGUUUCAACAGCAAGGAAAGCUACGAGCUGCGCUACUUCCAGAUCAACCAGGAUGAAGAUGAGGAGGAAGAUUGAAGCAGACUCCAUGUUCAAUUAAGCAUCCAAAGACUGAAAAGUAACAUUGUCUUUUUAAAUUUCACUGGAGGAUAUCAUUCACAAGGAAACAUCAUAUUUCUCGUAAGUGAGUAGUUUGCGAUGUCAUUUUGUUUGUACAUCAACAGCUCCCAGGACAAUCACCAAAAUAAACAUAUUGUUAAAUGUAUACCUCGUUGACAGUGUCCAUCCAAAAUGAACAUAACCUUUUAAAAAUAGAUGUGAAGGAAAAAUGUGAGGGGGAAAAUGGUAAGGAAAGAAGCACAUAAAAGUGACAUUUUGGAAUAUUUAUUUUCUUGUUCCUGCUUUUUGGAAGGGCUAAUAGAAGUUACAAUGCAUUCCUUAAAAAGUCUUCAAAACACUCAUUGAUCUUAA